GGGAGCAACGAGUCAACACAUCGCUCCUAUAUAAACAGUUCAGUCCAGUGGUGCCUCUUACUCUGAUUUCUUCAACACAGUCAUUUUUGGAGAAGAAUAAAACACGAGUGGCACCAUGAAUAAGCUGCUGGUCGUUACUGUGCUGGUUGCACUCCUCGCUAGCGCCGAAAGCUUCCGCGUGCUGAGGCAAGCUGAGGAGGAGGAGCAGGGCACCGUGACCAAGAUCACCAGUGCCGCCAGGUCCUACUACAACAAAGCUGUCAACACCGCCAGUGAAUAUCUGGAAAGCGCCAAAGGUCUGAAACUGGAGGAGAAAGCAAAGAAUUUUUACUCUGAUGCCACCACAAUUAUGGGCACCUAUUUGGGCAUUAUGCAAGAUCAGGUUUACCAUUUCUUUUCCACCCAGUAAUAAAUAACAACAACAAAAAAGAUUUCCAAGUAACUCCAGUGGCAUUCUUAACUCGUAUACGUCACCCAAGCCCCAAACAGCAUCUUGAAAAAUAUCGGACAUCGUGGUGUUUGUGGUGAUUUCUUGGGCCAACGCACAGGUGGAAAAUGUUGCUAACCACCCAACUGAGACUGUAACCCUUUGAGGAAAAAACAGCUUGCACAGUUGAACUGGACAAAACAACUUGGCGGGCACAAGCACAGGAGUGUGCUGCAUCUUAUCUUGCACCAAUAAAUUUUCCCAGGGGUCUCAGAAUUCUAAAAGACCUGAAAAUAAUGCAAAUAUUAUUACUCUAUCGCCAUCUUCUGGUCUUUCCUUUUCCUUGUAGUUAACAGUCACCUCUGAAUAAAUUGAAAUAGUUGUGUCAUAUCUUGAAAUAAAAUAUUUAUACAAAAA